AUGUCAAACCUACGUGUCCGUCCCUGGCGGGCAUUGGAAUACAUCCAACAAAUCCCCAGCGUAACUCAAGCUCCGCGCACCAGAGCCCCCUACCUCGCUCUCAGCAAGCGCGCCAUCAGCACGAGCAACACCCGUGCAAACAGCACGCCUACACCAUCCCCAGCACCCAAACCGGCCGCUCAGCCCACACGUACAAGCACACCCUACACGCCCUCCACCCAAUCCAAAGUCACCUCCACCCCAAACCGCCAGACAACAGACAACAUCUCCAAAAGCGGGCUAGCCGAUAAACCCCUCGACGUAAUCAGCGCCGCCGAAGAAAAGAUCGACUGGACACGCUCGUUCCACGGUCUCUCUGCCGAACCAUUCCCAGAGAAGGCCGCUAAUAUCUUACUCGCGGAGAUCGACCCAAAAGAAGUCGAGAUCAAGCCCGAUGGAAUCGUCUACCUACCCGAAAUCAAGUACAGACGUGUACUGAAUCAGGCAUUCGGACCUGGAGCUUGGGGUCUUGUUCCGCGAAGUGAGAGUAUCGUUACACCAAAGACUGUUACGAGGGAGUAUGCGCUUGUUUGUCAUGGACGACUCGUCUCCGUUGCCCGUGGCGAACAGGAUUAUUUCUCGCCUGAUGGAAUCCCCACUGCUACAGAGGGAUGUAGGUCUAAUGCGCUAGUGCGUUGCUGCAAGGAUCUCGGUAUUGCGAGUGAGCUUUGGGAUCCUAGGUGGAUUCGGAAGUAUAAGGCCCAGUACACGCGGGAGGUGUUUGUGGAGCAUGUUGUUAGUAAGAAGAAGUCGAAGAUUUGGAUUCGGAAGGAUGAUCCUGUUGGUUAUCCGUGGAAGGAGACUGGUAGUAAGUAG